AUGUUGUCAUGUUUUCUUGUUGCAAUUAAUUCAAUACGCGUUGUUAUUCCAGCAAUAAGUUUAUUUGGAUCAGCUCCAACAUUUUUUGUUGUAUGGUUUUUAUCACGUUUAAUAACAUUUCUUUUUUGUCCUCAUUAUAUUUAUCGUCGUUGUGAUGAUUAUUUAUAUUCACUUUAUCAAAAAUUUGUUCUUUUUUUCUUUGAACAUUGGACUAAUACUAAAAUUUAUUUUCAUGGAGAUUAUGAAGAAAUAAUGAAAAAAAAAGAAAAUGUUUUGUUUAUAUCAAAUCAUCAAAGUUCGGUUGAUUGGAUAAUUGCAAAUAUGUUAGCUGUUCGUCAAGAUAGUCUUGGUCAUAUUCGAUAUAUUCUUAAAAAUGAAUUAAAAUGGAUUCCAUUAUAUGGAUUUUAUUUUCAACAACAUGGUUGUAUUUAUGUUCAUCGAAAUGAUAAAGGAGAUUUAGAACGUGUUGAAAAAGGCAUAGGUCAAAUAAAAUCAAAUGGUUUACCUGUUUGGCUUGUUAUAUUUCCUGAAGGUACUCGAUAUAAUCCAAUUAAAAGUCAAGAUGUUAUUGAACGAUCACGACAAUUUGCAAAACAAAAAGGUGUUCCUCCAUUUGAUAAUGUUCUCUAUCCUCGAACAGGUGCAACAAUAGCUGCUAUAAAUGCACUUAAAGAUAAUUUUGAUGCUGUUUAUGAUGUAACUGUUAUGUAUUCUCCAACUUAUGAUGAAAAUCGACAAAUUCGAUUAGCUGCAUCAUCAAUGGCUGAAUUUUUACAAGGUCAAACGAAAGAAUUACAUAUUCAUAUAAAACGAAUUUCAAUUGAUACAGUUCCAAGUAAAACAAAUGAACAAAUAUCAAAUUGGUUAUAUCAAAGAUUUAUUAUUAAAGACAAAUUAUUAAAAUAUUUUUAUGAUAAAAAUCGAAAGAAUAAAUAUUCCUUAGAUAUUGAUUCAAAUCAAGAAGGUAUUCAAGCGCCAUUACAUUUAAGUGAAACAAUAUUUUCUUGUAUAUUUUUUCUUCUAACAACAUUUUUAUUAUUAAUAACACCACAAGGUCGUUCACUUUAUUGGCAAAUAUGUUUAUUUGGUGCACCAUUAAGUCUUUUAUGGAUGCAUAUUUUUCCUCCAAAAAAUAUUAAUUAG